AUUAUAAUAAGAGUAGCAUGUCAUUCUUACAUUUCAUAUUAUAUUAAACAUUUUAUUAAAGUAAUCUAUUGAAGCUGUUCUUGUGAUGGUAUUUGUACUGUAUUAAUUUUAACAAGUAAAUUAAAUAAUUUUUUGUGAUUUAAUAGUGUUGUUAUAUAAACUAAGAAAAUGAAUAUUACGUCUGCAGCAGGCGUGAUAUCGUUAUUAGAUGAACCAGCAUCUGAAUUAAAAAUAUUUGCGCUUCGUAAGUUAGAUUCUAUUGUAGAUGAAUAUUGGCCCGAAAUAUCAGAGGCCAUUCAAAAAAUCGAAUAUCUUCAUGAAGAUAAAACUUUUUCUCAGCAAAGUUUAGCUGCCCUUGUUGCUAGCAAAGUAUAUUAUCAUCUGGGUUCAUUUGCUGAUUCACUUCAGUAUGCUCUCGGUGCUUGUGAAUUAUUUGAUGUAAAUGCCCGGAAUGAAUAUGUUGAAACAAUUAUUGCUAAAUGUAUUGAUCAUUAUACUAAAUUACGUGUUGAAGCAUCGGAAAACUCAACUUCACUAUUAACAAUGGAUACCCGUUUAGAAGCUAUUGUCAAUCGUAUGUUUCAAAGAUGUUUAGAUGAUAAACAGUACAAACAAGCUUUAGGUUUAGCUUUAGAAACUAGACGUAUGGAUAUAUUUGCCAAAUCUAUUGAAUCAUCUGAUAAUAUUAAUGAAAUGCUUUCAUAUGCUUUUCAAGUAGCUAUGAGUACUAUUGAAAACCGUAGUUUUCGCUGUACUGUCUUACGAAGUCUUAUAACUUUAUAUCGAAAUUUAGAAGUACCAGAUUAUGUUAAUAUGAGUCAAUGUUUUAUAUUUUUGGAUGAUCCUGAAUCUGUAGCUCAACUUCUUGAAGGUCUCAUUCAAAACAAUGAAAAAAAUAACUGCCUAAUGGCAUAUCAAAUAGCAUUUGAUUUGUAUGAAUCGGCUACCCAACAAUUUUUAUCUAGUGUUUUGGAAUCAUUACGACAAACAGCACCUAUACCUUCUGCUACCCACGUUAUUAAACCUAUUCCUGCAGCACAAAGUGAAACAAGCAAGGAAAAUAUAACACCUCCUGUUGCUGUUGCAUCAACUGAUGUUAGCACAUCUCAACCUAUUGUUGAAGAACGUUCUUAUGAAUCUUUAGGCCCAGAUGAUAAAUAUAGACAAGAAGUUAUCCAAAAGCUGACCAAAGUUUUAAGUGGUGAAGUUAGCAUUGAACUUCAUCUACAAUUUUUGAUAAGAAGCAAUCAUACAGAUAUGCUUGUAUUGAAAAAUACUAAAGAAGCUAUACGAGCUAGUGUUUGUCAUACUGCAACUGUCAUUGCUAAUGGGUUUAUGCACAGUGGUACUACAAGUGAUCAAUUUUUGAGAGAUAAUUUAGAAUGGUUAGCAAGAGCUACCAACUGGGCUAAACUAUCUGCUACAGCUUCUCUUGGUGUUAUUCACCGAGGUCAUGAAACUGAUGCUUUAGAACUUAUGCGAAGUUAUUUACCACCAAGAGAAAAUAAUUCUUCUGGAAGUUCUGGUUAUAGUGAAGGAGGAGGAUUAUAUGCUUUGGGACUAAUUCAUGCUAAUCAUGGUGCUGCAAUAAAUGAUUAUCUUCUUGGCCAACUUAAAGAUGCUCAUAAUGAAAUUGUAAAACAUGGAGGAUGCCUAGGAAUUGGUUUAUCAGCUAUGGGAACUAGUCGUGAAGAUAUAUAUGAACAACUUAAGUUUAAUAUGUAUCAAGAUGAUGCUGUAACUGGUGAAGCUGCUGGAUUAGCUAUGGGAUUAGUUAUGUUAGGAUCAAAAAAUGGUGAAGCUCUACAAGAUAUGGUAGCUUAUGCUCAAGUUACCCAACAUGAAAAGAUUUUACGUGGUUUAGCUGUGGGAAUUUCUUUUGUAAUGUAUGGAAGGUUAGAAGAAGCUGAUCCCUUGAUAACUUCUUUAUUGCAAGAUAAAGAUCCAAUACUUCGCCGUUCUGCUAUGUACACCAUAUCAAUGGCAUACUGUGGAACUGGAAGCAAUGCAGCUAUAAGAAAAUUACUUCAUGUUGCUGUGUCAGAUGUUAAUGAUGACGUACGUCGUGCUGCAGUUACUGGACUAGGAUUUUUACUAUUUAGAACACCAGAACAAUGUCCUCAAGUUGUUAGUUUACUUGCUGAAAGUUAUAAUCCUCAUGUCAGAUAUGGUGCAGCUAUGGCUCUUGGUAUAGCUUGUGCUGGAACUGGUCUAAAAGAAGCUAUCAAUCUUUUAGAACCAAUGACUAAUGAUCCAGUAAAUUAUGUUCGUCAAGGUGCGUUAAUUGCUUCUGCAAUGAUAUUGAUUCAACAAACAGAAAGUAUUUGUCCCAAAGUUAAAGAUUUUCGUACUUUAUAUGCUAAAGUUAUUACAGAUAAACAUGAAGAUGUUAUGGCCAAAUUUGGUGCAAUUUUAGCACAAGGCAUUAUUGAUGGUGGAGGUCGUAAUGUUUCAAUAUCAUUAGAGUCACGAACUGGUCAUACUAACAUGUUGGCUGUUGUAGGUCUUCUAUUAUUUACCCAAUAUUGGUAUUGGUUCCCAUUAGCUCAUUGUUUAGCUUUAGCAUUUACACCUACUUGUAUUAUUGCAUUAAAUGCACAGUUAAAAAUGCCACUUCUAGAAAUUAAAAGUAAUGCAAAACCAUCACUGUUUGCAUACCCUGCACCAAUGGAAGAAAAGAAACGUGAAGAAAGAGAAAAAGUAACAACAGCUGUAUUAAGUAUUGCAGCACGCGCUAAACGACGUGAAGGUACCAAUACAAAGAUUAUCGAACCUUCAACUAGUGAAAAGAUGGAAGUGGAUGAAAAAGAGUCUUCAAGUAAAAAGAAAGAAGAACAAAAGCCAGAACCUAAUUUCGAAAUGCUUAAUAAUCCAGCAAGAGUUAUGAAACAACAACUAAAACAUCUACAACUAACAGAAAAUGCUCCUUAUAUACCCUUAAAAGAUAUAUCUAUUGGAGGUAUUAUUAUGACUCGUUUCACAAAGAGUGGAGAAGAUGAACAGCUAGUGGAACCUGUUGCAGCAUUUGGACCUAAACCAGAGGAUGAUAAAGAACCCGAAGCGCCUGAGCCUUUUGAAUAUAAUGAUGAUUAAAUAUUUAUGAAUACAAGUUUAGAACUAUUAGUACUGUAUCCUAAGAUAUAUCAUCUUUCUUUAGACAUUUAUUUUAAUAAUAAUUAAAAUUAAUUUAUAAUAAUUUGUCUAAGUAAGCUCUUGAUGUAAUUAUAAUAAACAUUUUUACGUAAUAUAUUAUAUAAUUAUUAAUUAAAAAGUUUACAAUUUAUUUUGCAA